GUUAUCAAUGGUGAAGUCAGGAUCACAAGCUCAUAUGAUGCUACGAAACUGUAUUUGAAUGCCUCUUAUCAGGAAGUUGAUGAUUUCAGGUCAAAGAUUAGUGAUGUUCAUAGUCCUAUGAAAAGUUUGAGUACUGCCACAGUUCUUUCCCAGUCCAUAGGUAUUUCAGAAUUCACCAGUGGUGCUGUUUCUGUGACUUCAGUAGGUGGUCUAUUGAAAAUUAAAGAGGAUGGAGAGUUUUAUGUUCCAGCAGAGAUUGUAGGAAUUGAAAGUUCUUUUGGGUGGAUGUACAUCUCUUGCAUGUCACCAUCAUGCAACAGAAAGCUCCGGAAAGCAGGAGAGGAUUUGGUUUGUUCCACAUGUGAUAAAAAAUUCAAAGAAGGCAUUGCUAGGUAUAAGCUGAUUGUUAGGGUGAUGGAUAUAGGUUUAUCAGAUGCUCCCUUCCUUUUAUGGGAUAAGGAAUGUUCAGACUUAGUUGGUAUACCUGCCAACCUUCUGUACAAGAAGUAUAACCAGGUUUCUGACAUUCCAACGGAAUUGGAUUCAUUAAUUGGAAUGCCAAUGAUAUUUAAGAUAUCACUGAAAAUGAGCCAAAUGAAAGGAGCCAAUCCAGCAUAUGCUGUGACUAGGAUUUUAAGGGAUGAGAUAUUAAUAUCUACCUACUGUUCCAAAAUUAAGGACAACCAAGAAAAAGAUUUAAUCUCGAUAAUGAUUGAUGAGGAUGAAGAGGAAGAAGAUGAACCUGAUCAGGAAGCUUCAAAUGGGGAAAAUGAAGUUAACAGCCCUAACAGUGUCCAGCAGCCCCAAAUGGUUGAGAGUGAAACUGAAGAAGCUUCUGGUGUGAAGAGAUCCCUGUUGGACCAGUUUUCUUCUUCCAACAAGCUUAAGAAGGCCAAGGCUGUGACUGCUCAGGGAAAUGGUUCCUAAGUUCCUAAUAUUUGAUAUAUUUCAGCAGACAAUUGUCCACCAUUGUGUGGUUGUUUUAAUUUUUGGAUGUUUUUUUGGGGAACCAUCUAUCAGUAAUAGCACUAUAAUAGUGCUAAACUAUUUGAAUUGACUGUUACUCUUUAUCUAUUUUGAAUUUGUCUAAGUAUUCACUAUUAUAUUU